ACGUACUUUAUUUUGGGGCGGUUCUUUCCUCAGCACGGAGCGGGUUCCCUUCCAUGUAAACUGUCUUUUAAACCAGUCAGGGUGAAUUUCUGCAGCGGAGGGAAGGCGUAGGAGUUGCGUGUUAGUGUUGCGAGUUGUUAAGAGCUAGCAUGUAGUGAGUCUGUAGUCUUUUUUUUGAAUUUGCAAUAUGAAGAAUGGAAGAAGACGAUGUGACUAUCAGAGAGCAGAAUUUCCACAGCCAAGUUCGAGAGUACAUCAUUUGCUUCCUCCUGUUUGCAGUCCUCUACAUUGUGUCUUACUUCAUCAUAACCAGAUACAAGAGAAAGAGUGACGACCACGAGGAUGAAGAUGCCGUCGUCAACAGAAUAUCAUUGUACUUGUGCACCUUUACCCUGGCAGUGUCGGGUGGUGCCGUCUUCCUGCUGCCUUUCUCAAUCAUUAGUAGCGAGAUCCUCCUCUCCUUCCCCAAAAACUAUUACAUUCAGUGGCUCAAUGGCUCCCUCAUUCACGGUCUGUGGAACCUGGUGUCACUGUUCUCCAACCUUUGCCUCUUCGUCCUGAUGCCCUUUGCAUAUUUCUUCUUGGAGUCUGAAGGAUUUGCAGGAUCCAAAAAGGGCAUUAAGGCACGUAUUUUGGAGACCUUUGUGAUGCUCUUCUUGCUGGCUUUGCUCAUUCUGGGCAUCGUGUGGGUGGCUUCAGCACUCAUUGACAAUGAUGAUGCCAGUAUGGAGUCACUGUACGAUCUUUGGGAAUUUUACCUGCCAUACCUCUACUCCUGCAUAUCUCUGAUGGGUGGACUACUUUUACUCAUGUGUACUCCUGUGGGCUUGUCCAGGAUGUUCACUGUCAUGGGCCAGUUACUAGUGAAGCCAACAAUCCUGGAGGACCUGGAUGAGCAGAUUUACUGCAUCCAUUUGCAGGAGGAAGCCCUUCAGAGGAGAUUAAACGGAUCCUCUACAUAUGCUUACACCCGAGGAAGCUUUGUCCACCAGCUCAGUAAAGAUCUGGACAAUGUUAAGAAUCAGAGGAAUAAAUUGGAGAGAAGAAAGAAAGCAUCAGGUUGGGAGAAGAACUUGCUGUAUCCCAUAGUGAUGCUGAUCCUGCUCUCAGGAACGACAAUCUCUGUUCUUCUGGUGGCAUUCAAUAUCGUCUAUCUUCUGGUGGACGAGACGGCCAUGCCCAAGGGAUCCACAGACCGAGGCAUUGGGAACACCUCUCUGUCCACAUUUGGCGUGGCUCAGGCGGCACUUGAGAUCAUCCUCAUGUUUUAUUUGAUGGUGUCUUCUGUCGUUGGCUUCUACAGCCUGCGAGUCUUUGAGGUCCUCACUCCCAGGAAGGAUGACACAACCAUGACAACGAUCAUUGGUUGUUGUGUGUCCAUCUUGGUCCUGAGUUCAGCCCUGCCAGUGAUGUCCAGAACUCUAGGUAUCACCAGGUUUGACCUCUUGGGAGACUUUGGGAGAUUCAAUUGGCUGGGAAACUUUUACAUUGUCCUUUCCUACAACCUGCUGUUUGCAGUCGUGACAACGCUCUGUCUUGUGAGGAAGUUCACCUCAGCGGUGCGAGAGGAGCUCCUGAAGGCCUUAGGUCUGGAUAAAUUGCAACUGUCAAACAGCCCCACAGACCCUGAAUCUGGGAAGCUCUCGGCCAACGGGCAUCAGAAAACUCUGUGAAAGGGACGAUAGAUCAACCCACACUUACACACACACAAACACACACACACACACACCUUAGCACAGCCAAAGGGAGAUUUCGACAGUACUGCCUGUCUGCUGAAAGGUGAAAAGGAUUGGAAGGAACUUAAUAAACCCGGGCAGUGUCUGACGGAUGCUGCAAAUGGAGGCUGAGAGCAAUUUAGCUUCGUGACAUUCCAUCCUGUGCGUCUGGGAUGGAGGCGGGGACAGAUUCAGGGACAGGGCUGAGGAGUGACAGACUGGCAUCACUGCAGUCACCUUGAUGCUGACCUCAACCAGGACUGUGACUUUAAACCACCCAUCUCUCGCUUCAGGGUUUGCUCUCCCACGCCCAGGCUUCACUCCCUGUUUUCUCCUCCACAGUCCCCUCACCACAGUACGAGACAAAAGAAAAAAUUCUUGCGGGGAAAUAAUGCACCUUUUGUUUGUUUUUCAUUUGAUACAUCUAGCUUCAUGGCAAACGUUUCUCUUCCAUCAUCCUGCUCUUCCUCAACAGUAAAUAGACCCAAACUAUUCCGUUAAGACCUUUUUUUGUGUGUACGUCCUCAUGGAUCAGUGUCAGUGAUACAUGGAGCAUUUAGUCUCUUAUAAUUCAUCUUUGAUUGUUAUGUGAACUGAUACAAGAAUGAUCAAGUGUCAGGGUGUCAUAUUAGAUUUUUUAAAUUAAAAUAUGAAAACAAAAUGUGCUUCAUGAAGCAUGAAAGUCAUUUAUUCACACUCAUCAAAUUACAUUAAGCAGCACAGCGAUGCAAUUCACAUUUUAUGCAUUAGAAGUAAUUCCUGACGGGCCUCAGAUUUUUGCACCUGUGCUGGCAUUAGUCUUUUUAUUUGGCUUUACUCAAGUGCGCUUUAACUUUAUUGAUGAUGUCAUUAGUGUGUACAAAGUAGGGUAGGAACUUUUUUAGGUGCUGCAGAAUAGAAACGAGUGACUCUCCAAAUGGGAAACUACGAGAGAGUUGCGUCCACCUCAGUUCUGAUUAGCUUUAGUACAGUUGGAGAUGAUUAUGUGGUUUUACUUCCUAAAUUUUUAUUAUGCACAUGAAAGAAAAAGUCAACAAAUUUUGCUCAUCUCCCAAAAAUAUGUAUUUUAAAUCAACAGGGCACAGAAAAAUUUGUGAAAUUGUGUCAUUUUUGUAAAUGUUGUAUCUACAUGUACAUAUUAUAUUGUGUUUCAUACCUCUUUUGCAUAAUUUGGAUGUAAAUAUUGGACUCUCCUUGAGCCCGCUGAGGGUCCGACUCACUUAGCUAUCUGAAUUUUGCUGUACAUAUUUUCAGUUUUAUUUUACUUUUGUACAAACACCUAAAUCCAACACAAACCUGGAGCAGUCUUCACACAGAAUGCAUGAGUGAAAAAACUUUGCAGCCAUUAGACUCUGUGACUCAGGCCCCAUUUACAUGUUGUUGUAUUGCUGCAUAGUUUUCUGAACUGUGACGUUCUUUGUCUCUAGAACCACCUUAAAUGCCUUAUACGACAAGCAUCUCGCAGGCUUAAUGUUAAGGUUCUUUCCUGUUCUGUGUAGUUAUUGUACAUGUGCAGUAUGUGUACAUGUACAUUGUCUGUAGACAGUUCCACUGUGAUCCCCUAGUCUAAAGCCAGCUGGUAAAACAUACACAUUACAUUUAACCACGAAUGUUGUCACAGUAGCUCUUAUAAGGAGAGGAUCCAUUUCCAGACUCAUUCAUCGCCCUUAAAGCUUGAGCACUUGCUAGGAUUGGCUGGAGUGAUCUACUGGUGUUAAUUAAUGGCGUAAUAGAUGUCAUGUGGUUUUAUGGUGGCUAAAAUAUGUUUUUUUUUAAAAAGGAAGUAAGGAUUUUUAAUUUAUAUAUGCAUUCAAUUUUUUAUUUCUUAAGACAGGGGAUGUUUUACAACAAAGCUGUCUGUCAUUGGUUGUUGCUUUAUUACGAAGACUGGAUUUAUAGAGAGAAAAAGAGAAGUGCUACUCUCAAUCACAAAACUCAUUUUGCAGCCAUCUUUUUUAUUGAGCAAAUCAGACCAGGGAAUGUUUAGUAAAGGUUGAGUUCUACAUGUAACAGUUUCCAUCAUCCCGAAAACAAGGUUCUGAAAGAUGUCAUUUCAAGAGUGCAGGUUUAUCCACAUUUACUGGCAAUACAUUUGUUGGAUUAUCCUG